AUGGAAGAAUAGAGAUUUUAGAUUUCGUAUCCCCAAAUGUAAAGUAUGUUUGACACAGCCAAUUUAUCAUCUGGGUAAUCAGCUGAAAUUUUACAUCAACUUGGGGAUGUUGAAUCAAUAAUGGUCAAAUUAGAAACCGAUUCCAAAAAUGGCAUAGCAGAAGUCGAAGGAAGACAAGAACAAUUUGGAAGCAAUCGUUUAGAGCCUCCCAAAUUGUCCCCCUUCUACAAGUGCAUGUACAAAUAAACAAAAGACUUCUGCAUCCGAAUUCUGGCAUUCGCUACAGUAAUCAUGUUCAUGAUGGCUUUCUUCUCUGAAGAGCCAUUUGAACAAAUAGUACAAGCAUUUUCCAUACUCAUCGCCAUCUGUGCCGUCGUAAUCAUUGGAGCCAUGACCGAUUACAGGAAGGAAAAAUAAUUUAGAUAAUUAUAUUUGGAAUAAGAAGAACAACAAAAAAAACUGUUUUAAGUAGUUCGAAAUGGAAACGUGAAUUAAAUGAACCAUCUUGACUUGUUGGUGGGUGACAUUAUCACAAUCAAACCAGGUGAUAAUAUCACUGUCGAUGGACUACUACUCGAAGGCACGGAAACAGUAGAGGUAGAUGAAAGUAUGAUUUCAGGACUAACUGAUACAAUCUCCAAACAACCAAUAUCAAAAGGAUUAAACUGUUUCAUCCGAGGAGGCAGCAACAUAUUUGAAGGCACAGCCAAAGUUGUCGUUCUAGCAGUGGGUUCAUCUACAUACUCCAACAGAAUGAAACACGAUAAUCAAUAAAAAGAAGAAGGAGAAGAAGAACUGAUACACGAUGAAAGAUCACCAUUGGCUAAGGCUCUUGAAACCUUGGCCAAAUUCUUGGUUUUCAUAGGUUGCAUGAGUGCUUUAGCCAUGUUUAUUGUCCUAGAAUUGUACAUGGUUAGAGAAUUGAAUGAAUUACAAGAGAAAAUAUUCUCAUAAUUUGCUCUUAAGAAAGUACUAUCCGAUUUCAUUGAUGCCUUCUUAAUUAUUGUCCUAUCCAUUCCUGAAGGAUUACCUCUUAUUGUCACUUUGUCCUUGGCUUUUUCAAUAGCUAAACUCAGAUAACAUGAUAUUGUCAUCAGAAAUUUACAUGUUUGUUAAGUUUUAGGCGGAGUCGACACUUUAUGUUUUGACAAGACAGGCACUUUAACCUAUAACAAUCUAAAAGUCAGCAAUCUCCAUGUCGCUAAUGAAGAAAGAGUAAACAAUAUUCCACCUCAUGAUCCACUAUUUAGAAUUUUAUCAGAAGCCAUACUGUCUACUAAUUCAGCCUUUCUACCAGAUGAGAUUGCAAAAUAAUUGAGAUUCAAUGAGCAAUUAGAUCUGAAUUCAAAUACAAAUAAGAAGACAUAAGAGCAUGCGAAGAUGCUGUAAUCAGUUAAUGAUGCCAGCAAAAAGAGUGAUUGGAGUGGAAAUAGAUUGGAUGUUGCGUUAAUUGAUUACUUGGAGGUUAAGUUGAGAAGAGAGUUUGUGGUUGAAUAUUUACAAGACCUUAAGAAUCAAAUUAGAAAGACUAUUCCACUUAAUAAUUAUGGUUUCCAUGCUGAAAUUCUUCAAGUAAGAGGUGACAAAUACAGAAUAGUUUUGAAAGGGAAAGCCAAAGAUAUCAUUGAGAAAUGCAAUCAACUCAAUAUAUCGAUUCCUGACAAUUAAAACUUCUAGAUCUAUGAACCAGGAAAUUUCACAAUUUAAUAUUGCGCUUAUUCUAAUAUGACAACUGAAUGUGCAGAACUAGAAAAAAAUGCUGUAUUGAAUUACAAUUCUUAAUCCUUAAAGACCAUCUCUUUUGCUUACAAGGAUGUCUAAAUACCAAAUCUUAUUGAGUAAGAUUGGUAACAAUUGCUUACAUAAAACAAUUUCACAUAUAUUGGUACUAUUGCUAUGAGAGAUGACAUAAGGUAGGAAGCAAAAAGAUUGGAUAGUGCCUUAAAGAUGGGAAAUAUGAGUGUGAUGAUCUUAACAGGAGACACAAGAGUUAACACUGUUAAUGUGGCUAAUUGUGAUUAGGCAGAUGCUGAAAUUCAAAGAACUAGUGAACAUCUACCCAAAUCAUCUUAAUUGGUUAAUCAACAAGAGAUUGUAAUUGAUCCUUCAACAGGUGAGGAAUAGAAGAGUGCUCAAAUUAUUUCAUCAAUAAUUGAGUGUCCAAAAGAUGAAGUUUAACCUUUGUUAUCGAAUGAUUAUGAGAGUUAAUACAUGAAACAGCACUCAUUCAGCAAUCUAUUGAUUUUGAACUUUUAAGAGUACGUGAUUAGAAUUAGAAAGAUAUUGAAGGAGUCCAAUAUUUAUUAUACUCAUUAAGAAGUGAACGAAAGAAAUAUAGUAUCUAAAAUACCAGAAAUAUAGAAUGACACUUUAGCAUGCGAUAAAGUAUCAAAGUUGAAUAACUAAUUACAGAUCUUGGCAGAUUUAAAUCAACAUUAGAAACACCAGUUCUUGGAGGUAUAUUCAAACAUCAACCAAUCUACCAUUGGAUAUAUUGGAGAUGGUAAUAAUGAUGCCAUAGCAUUGUAAACCGCUUCAGUGGGUAUCACUUUGGGCAAAACAGCCACCAAUAUAGCAAGGGAAUGCAGUGGGAUUAUCUUAAUGAAUGACAAAUUGGAUGGCAUUGAACUAUGUAUGAAAUACGGCAGAAACAUCUUUUUGAAUAUCAAAAGAUUCAUCUACUUCCAAUUGAGUUUCUUUUUAAAUUCAAUUGCUAUCAUGUUGACAUCCUCCAUCGUAUUGAAACAAUAACCAUACACAGUAUUGGAAGUCAUUUGGUUGAGUUUAGUUCAAGACAUCUUUUCUGCAGUUGCUUUGAGCACAGAAGUACCCUAAGACGAUAUCUUAAAGAGAACGAAACCAGCCAAAAGAGGAGAAAACAUCAUUGAUAAGUUCUUGUUGCAGAUGACUUGCACUCAAGCAGCCUUUUAAUAUUUGGCAACCCUAAUUGUGUUGUUUUUGACUCCAUCCAUUUUCGGAAUUGAACCAUCAUACAAACAUGAUUUACAUGCUCUUGGAGCUGAAUUCAUACCAGAGUUUGCUAUUCAUUACACUUUGGUGUAUCAUUUGACUGCUAUGUUCUAAAUUGUGAAUUUGGUAUGCAGUCGAAGAAUUGGACAACACGAAUACAAUGUUUUUGAUGGAAUCCACAAAAACAAGCCAUUCACAAUUAUGAUCGUGGGUCUACUGAUAAUUCAGUAGGUCAUCAUUUAUGCAGGAGGUAAGUAUUUCAAAACUGCUUAAUUGACUAUUUGGUAAAAUAUGUUCUGCCUCUGUUUAUCCUUCGGAGCCUUGCUCGUAUUUUGGUUGUCUAAAUAUUUAUAUUCAAUCAGGAAAUGA